AUGAAAGCACGGUUUCCCAAACUGAUUUAUUUCUUUCUUGCCCUUGGCAUUCGUCUGUUGCAGCUUUUAUUCACUAUCAUUAUCUUGGGUAUAUCUGCUGCUGUUAUCGAUGAUCUUGGUGACUAUGACAGAGCUGCACUUUGUCUUGCGACCUCAGUCAUGAGCUUUGUUUACCUAGUUUUCCUAUUGAUUCCUUUCGUCUGUUUUGCUCCACCGCUAGCAAUACUUUUAUGUGACUCGUUGUUUUUUAUCUUAUACUUAGCAUCAUUCGCAGCUCUUGCUGAUCUGUUUCAAAAUGUUUCAUGCUCAGCAACUUACAUCUAUGCGUAUUCGAGCUUCAGGUACUCUGGUAAUUGGUGCAGGUUAUCUAAAGCUCUAAUUGGGCUUUGCGUUAUCAACUGGGUUUUAUUUAUCAUAUCAUUGACAUUACUCAGUGUUUACACGAUAUACCCAUUAGCUAGUACUACAUCUAGAGGGCUUUUUACUGCCGGAGAUUUUGCUAUGGGUGGCAUAAUGACAAACAAACAUUACGCAACGGAAAACCCUGAUUUAGAAGAGAAUCCUGCCCCAGUUGAACUGGAGCAGAAGCUGAUUGAUGGUAAUACGGAGGGUGCCAUAUCAGAUUAUACACAUCCAUCUGAUGAGGGACAUAUUCCUGUAUCGCAUGAUUUAGGUGCUGAAGCGGCACCAGAGACUAGGCUUUAA